AUGGCAGGUGAUAAAAAAUCCCUGCAUCCAGCAUUUGUUGUGACAAACAUAAAAACCCUAAUCUCUAUUCUCCUUCAUAUCAAACAGGAUGAAUAUUCUUCAUGGGUUUUUCUCUUUGAACUACAUCUUCAAGCUCACGGUCUUCUAUUCCUCAUUGAUGGAACCGCACCACCAACGGAGAUUGACAAAAAUAUCUUGACUCAACUCGACGCUUUGUGCCGUCAAUGGAUGUUCUCCACCAUGGCCAAGGACUUGAUGCUCACGGUUUUGAAAUCCGGAAAAACCGCAAGAGCACUUUGGGAUCAUCUUCAAAAUCUUUUUCAAGAUAACAAAGGUAAUCGUGCUGCAACCCUUGAAAGUAAAUUUUUCAAUCUAAAGUUUGUUGAUUGUGCUAGCAUUGAUGACUACUGUGACAAGCUUAAGUCAUUGUCGGAUCGAUUGACUGAUCUUGACUUCCCCAUGAAUGACAAACGGUUGGUUAUCCAACUUGUCAAUGGUCUUUCGGAGGAAUACAACAUUGUUGCGUCCUUCAUUCAACAGUUUAUGCCAACGUUUGAUGCUGCCCGUUCACAACUGCGCACCGAAGAAAUUUGUCGUACGCAACAAACCUCCAUGGCAUCUUCUACAGCCCUAGCAGCCACCGGUUCCUCCACAAGACAGCGUCCUCAGCGCUCCGGCUACAACAAGCGGAAUCAGCACCAUCAACGCCCUCAAACCCAACAACUUUCAGCAGAACCCCCACUUCUGCCAAUCCAGGCCCAGUUCCGUCAGCCCAAUAACCCACCAUCAAGCACCAUCGUGUUUAGUGCUUAA